AUGAGAACAAUUAUUUAGAUGUAGUUUAUAUCUUAUAAUGUAGAAUAUAAAUAAGAAAAUGUUCAUUAAUUUAUUUAAUAACCAAGGGAGAUUGUAGAAAAUUUUUUUAAUUUCUCUAAUAUCUCUGCUGUACUAUUUCUAAUUUAAUAAAUUUAUAAUCAUUAUCUGAUAUUUUUUGAAUAUAUGAGUGAUAUUAGUUUAGGAAUACAGUAACAUUUAAUUACUAAAAAAGUCCACGUUAGUAAAGCGCUAGAAAAUAGUUUACUUAAUAAUAAGUCAAAUAUUUUUACAAUUCAAAUAUAUUUGAAGAUAGAAGAUAGAAUUAUGAUCCAUCAUUAUUUGAUAGAAACCAAUAAAUAAAGCAAGCCAAAACUCACUAAUAAACAUACAGUCCUCCAAUUUGUUCAAAAGUUUAAAGAAUCAAUAGUUCCCCAUAAUCUUAAAAAGAUUUAGAUAUUAUAACUGGAUUGCCAACAAUUGAAAGAAAAAUGUUUUUAAGCAAAAAACCUAAUUCAAAGCCCUUACAAGAAAAAAAAGAAAUUAAUCAGGAAAAUAAAAUACAAUCAAAAAAAGAAUAUGAAAGCUCCCCUGAUAAGAAAUUUGCUAGAUUAUAUUUUGAUAACAAAGUAUAUUCGAAUUUUAAAAAUAGAAAUAAUAUGAAUAAUGGUUAAUAUAAAAUAAAAAAUAUGAUGAUAUCAAUUAUUUUAAAAAGAAAAACACAAAUUAAAGCAAUCAUGAAGUUGAAGUAAAUAGCUAUUAUAAAAUUCAUGGAAAGAAUUGCAAUCAAAUUUAGAAUAAAUGA